AUCAAAGAACCUCGAGAGAAAACCAUCAUAGAUGCUGAGGAUCAACAUCAGGCAUUCGCUACGAGUGACCCUACACUGGAAGCAAUCCGGUUCGGGGAAUGGGAAAUUGAACCGUGGUGUGCGUCUUCUUAUGAAAUGGAAUAUAUCGCAAAUUCACUAGUAUAUGUUUGUGAAUUUUGUUUAAAGUAUAUGAGAAGUGAGUUUAUUGCCGAUCGACACAAGAUGAAAUGCCCGGUACGUCACCCACCUGGCGAUGAAAUAUAUCGAGAUGGUCCUAUUUCGAUUUUUGAAGUUGAUGGACGAAAAAAUAAGAUAUAUUGCCAGAACCUUUGCCUUUUUGCAAAAAUGUUCAUCGCUCAUAAGACACUAUUUUUUGACGUAGAGCCUUUUCUUUUCUAUGUGAUGACAGAGGCAAACGAUACGGGAUGCCAUUUUGUUGGCUAUUUUUCUAAAGUUUGUUCAAUCAUUGUAAAUCCUUGGAACAUUGAAGAACUUGCUAAUAGUAUUCAUGAGGCUGUCACAAUGCCGGAUCAUCUGCGGAAAUCAAAUCAUCAAAAAUUGUAUAGUUACGUUACUAAAUAUACUGCUGCUUACUGGGGAACUAGUUUCGUUAGUGAACUAUUGCGCGUUAGUAAGGAAUUUAAUUCCUAUAUGAUCAUUCCACGUUUGAAAAUCAAUCAAGUUGUUGAAGCUGCAAAGGCCUCCAAAAAAAAGAGAAUCAUCCUAUUAGAUUAUGAUGGCACCUUGACUUCUACUCAUAAAUUGGCAGAAUAUGCAAACCCUUCAAGUCACAUUGUCUCUAUACUCAAAACUCUUCAAUCAAAACCUAACACGUAUGUCUACAUAUUGUCUGGUCGCGGUCGUACGCAUCUUGAUCAAUGGUUUGAAUCGACAGGGAUUGGCUUGUCUUCUGAGCAUGGAUGCUUCUACAAACAUCCGAAAAGUUUACAAGGAAAGGUAGAUCCGAUUUCAAACAGUUUAUCUGAAGGAAGGUUUAUUAAAGAAGAAAGUGAUGAAUGGUAUAGACUU